AGUCAAUAACAAAAAUAAUUCUGCUCGCGCAUUAAACUGUUGUUUCGGGGAACGGCGGGCAGCGCGCGGCGAGCAGCAACAGCGCACAACCGGCUACGCGAUAUUUUUUGUACCUGCCGUAACAGUUAUCAGUCAAUCGUGACACGGACGCCCGGACGGACGGACGGACGAAGACGUGCCCGAAAAUGCCACAACUCAUAUUGUCCAACAGCGAACGGAUCGCUCCGGCGGCCGUCAUCGACGACAACCGCAAACCCGUCGGCACGGACGUCGAUUUCCCCGACGUGCUGGCCGACCUGGACGUGGACUCGAUGCCGGACGACGUUGUCGAGUACGGUCGAGUCCGAGUGGGCGAGACCGAGGAGUCCAGGACCAGACUGUUGGCUGAACUUGAGGACAUGAUAUAUGAGAAAGGGGAUGUUACACCGCACAGAAUGGAUGAAAAGUUUCUACUACGGUUUUUAAGAGCUCGACAUUUCAAACUUAAUGCCACAUACAAACUAUUCGUGAAUUAUUACAGAUUUAGAGAAAAUCAUCCAGACUACUACACAAUAAACCCAUUAGAUUUAUCUUUCAUAGCUGAUUCAGAAGUACUAAGCGUUCUGCCUUACAAAGAACAGACCGGCAGACGAAUUUUAAUUUAUAAAUUAGGUAAUUGGAACACCAACGAUUUCGACAUGAACGAAAUACUUAAAGCGUCGCUGGCCACGUUAGAGCUUGGCGUUUUAGAACCGAUGGCUCAAAUACUCGGUGGGGUGGUCAUAUUUGAUAUGAACGGAUUCACGCUUCAGCACGCUUACCAAAUCACGCCAAAAGUUGUUUCAACGAUUUUCGAACUCAUCGUCUAUUCUAUACCGAUGAAGACGUACGCGAUUCACAUAAUCAACGAGUCGUGGGUGUUCGAAACGGUGUUCAAUCUCUUUAAGCCAUUUUUGGGCAAGCGUUAUAACGAAAUGUUAUUUUUCCACGGAAAAAAUAUGGAUUCUUUACACAAACACAUCGAUCCAAAAUAUCUACCAAAAGUAUACGGUGGAGUGCGUCCAAAUUAUCCUUAUCAACAUUGGUUAAUUAAUUUGAAGAACAAUGCCACAGUAGUAAAAGAAAUGGAAAGCAUGGGUUAUUGCAUUGGAUCUAAAUGAUCCCCGUCAACUACUAUUGAAUUUAUCUAUAUAUUUUUAUUUUUUUUUAGUUUUAAGUUUUAUCCUUUCAAUUUUUGGUUCAUGUUUAUCAUUUUCAUUAUUACAUUUUUA